UCGUUGAAAUGUCGUGAAUUAGUGGUAGCGUGUAUGACGCAUAUGGUUAAUAGUCACUGGAAUAAGAUCAUAUCGGGAUGGAAGAAUGUCUUUUCGGUAUUCACGAUGGCUGCUGGUAGCACUGAUGAGGACAUUGUCGAGAGUGCGUUCACCACUACAAACUAUAUUAUUGGUGGGCUGAUGUUCUUUUAUUCUUUCUGUUGA